CGAGAACCAAUAAAUGUUGAACAGUAUUCGGAGCAUGGAUUUCGUAGCCAUUUUGGCUCAAGGCCUGUUGGCUCGAAUUUGCAGGAGGCAAGCUAGAAAGCAGGGAGAAGCCGCGGACCGCCCCGUCGGCCACUGCAUGUCGCGCGAGGCGUGCGCGCCCAGGAGUGCGGAGAGGCAGCUACAAGGCGCCUGGCGCAAAUCGGCGGCACGAUGGCCGGCACCAGCUUCGGAUAUUCUGGUCCCAGCAAGGUGUUGCGAGAUUUGUGCGGCACCUACCUUGCCACCAACCCCGACGCGAAGCAGAGCUGGCAGGAGUUCUGCAAAGCCCGAGACCUUCAGCCCCUCGCCCCUUUGGAUAAGCAGCCUGUAGAGGCGAUGGAAGCUUUCCUCGCGGAUCCCGCUCAGUAUAAGCAAAAGGAGCUCCUCGAGUUCCUCGGCCUCGACACUGUCAACGUGCCACUGAAGGGCUUGUAUGACAUCAAGGAAGACGAUCCCAUUACAAAGUCCGCUCUCAUUCGCGAGCUCACUCUCAAGCAAUUCCGAGCUCUCAUCGCGGAGGACCCCGAGAUGAACAGAAAAUGGAGCAAUUUCUGGACAGCGAAGCUUCAAAGGCUCGUUGGGGAAGACGAGGACGACGCCCGGAGGGAGAUGGCCAUGAAGAGUUCGUUCGAGAAACGGAAAACGCCUGAGCCAGGCACGUGGGAUGCGAUGGUUAUGAGGGAGAAGUACUUCGAUGGGCGCUCCAGUGUCGGGGAGUUCGAUAUCGAUGGCGGAAAGGAUGCACUACGGUAAGCCUCUCGCGCCGUCCUGUCUGAGCCGCCUUGCCAGUACAGCGGCGAGGUUUGACAAAUUCGGAGCGCAGCUCUUGCGGAGUAUUUUUCUCGCCGGCGCUUGCCGCCCCAAGUAUUCUUGCAGAAAUUUGAGGCAGAAUAUCGAGAGAGACGCAACACGAAAAAC